UAUAUAAAUAGUGGCCCCGGGGCAUAGUUGGAUCAUCAGUUUCCGAGCUCAGCUCCACAAACCCACUUCCACCUCCAUUGUCAAGCGGCAGUUCCAAACCCAAGCAAGACCGACAACAACAUGAAGGUUUUCGUGUGCCUGAUUGCCUGUUUCAGCUUGGCCCAGUCCGGCUUCAUCGGAGGCGGCGGCAGCAGUGGCUGGUCCUCCGGCGGUGGCGGUGGAGGUGGCUGGUCCUCUGGAGGAGGAUCUGGUUGGUCCUCCGGCGGCGGAGGUGGCAGUGCCCCCACCAUCAUCAAGGUCAUCAGCGAGGAGGCCGGCCACGGACAUGGUGGCUGGGCAGGAGGCGGCUACUCCGGCGGCUAUUCCGGCGGACAUGGCGGAGCCGAGGAGCUGAAAAUCAUCAAGGUGAUCAGCGAAUCCGGCGGCCAUGGACACAGUCACGGAGGUCACGAUCACGGCCACGGACACGGGCACGGGGGCGAGGUGAAGGUUGUCAAGGUCAUCCAGGAGGAGGACCACAGCCACGGCCACGGAUACGACUACUCCAGCGGAGGACACGGCGGCCAGGAGGAGAUCAAGAUCGUCAAGCUGAUCAGCUCGGGAGUGGCCAGUGGCGGACACUCGUCCGGAGGAUGGGCGCCAGCCGGCGGUUGGGCCUCUGGCGGCUCCGGUGGCGGCUGGUCCUCCUGGUAAGGACCUUCCCUUCCCUGCCGUGCCAUCAGCCAGUCGGGCAUCGACUCCCUUGUUUCUGUUGUUGGAGUUUCAGCCACUUUGGCAUUGGCAUUGGCCCCUUCCACUAUUUUUAAGACUAGCUCACGUUUUCAGUGUGUGAACAUUUUUUUCUCGUUAAUAGUUUAACAAAAAUACAAAAACAAUAUCGAAAACCAUAAA